UGCUAACUCAAAACGAAGAGCAUCUGUCAACUGUAAUUUUGUUUACGUUAAGUUCCAUAUGCACAUAUUUUACUUAUGCUCAAUUCAUAACAGGAUCAAUAUGUUCAUUGUUUAUGUUAUGUAAAUUUUCUUCAAAAUACAUCAGAAAUGGAAAAUACAUCUCAAAAACGAAUAAAAUUAUGUGGCAACAAAUGCGUGGUUUGCGGUAAAUCUAAAUUUUCAAACCCCGGAUUGAAAUUAUUUAUAUUUCCUCGAAAAGACCCAAUUCGGUGCGAAAAAUGGAUAGAAAGUACAGGAUAUCACGAGUUAAAAUAUUUACCUUCAGAAGCAAAAAGGUACGUCUGUGAAUUGCAUUUUGAUGAUAAAGACUUCAUGAGUGUUCUAAGGAAUAGACUGAUGCCAAAUGUAAUUCCAAAGAAAACUGAUAUUCAAAGAAAUAUUGUGCCAAACAAAUCAACAAGCUAUUACCGCACUCCUGUAAAAAAGGAUCUUGCCAGUAAUAAAGAUGUACAUGCAUCAAGUACUGAUAUCCUAAUGUGUACAAAUAAUCAAAUGAACAUAGCGUAUUCUGAGAACAUUCAACAAGAUAGUACCUGGAAUGAUGUAGAUAACCAAAUACAUACUUUAGAGAUAAAUGAAAAAAACAAUUGUGAUAAUCUAACAAGUUUUUUAGUGAAUAACAUUUUACCAACAGAAACCUGCAGUAAUUAUGAAUCAAGUCAAAAUAAAACAAAUGAAGAAUUUGUUCCAAUGAUCCAGCCUUAUUAUAAACGAAAUGGCAGGCCAUUACCAUGUAGACAUUGCAAAAGGAAAGAUAAAACAAUUAUGGCUCUGAGAAAACGAAUAAGAGAAAUAAAAAGGUUGACAUUUAAAAAUCGAAUAGAUCAAUUAAAACAUAUAUCAGAAGACUCGAAAACUUUUGCAAAGAUGAUACUAACACAUGGUAGUCACCGAGUUUGGACAGAAGAUGAAAAGACAUUUGCAAUUGAUUUGCUGAAUAAAUCUUCAUCUGCUUAUUACUAUCUACGACAUAAUAAAAAAUUGAUAUUGCCAUCAAAGGCAUCAAUACAUAGCUGGAUAAAAGAGAGAAGUAAAAAAUCAGAGCAAACUUUGCCAAAUGAAAGCAAUAUUAGUCAUAAUGUUCACAUUAGUGAACAAAUUACACUACAACGAAAUAGUCAAAUUCCUGAAAAUAAUAUGAUUUCUAAUAUUGAUACUAUAAUUCCACUAACCUGCACUCUGGAAAUACCAAUGACACAUUCAAAUGAGAAUAUAUUAUCUGUUCCAGAUGUUUCUAGCAUAAAUAGUUUUCCCCAUCAGAUGCAAACAAUAACUUCACUUGAACCUUUACACACCAGUUUGCAUGACUUAACACAUGACAACCAUAUCAAUCAACAACUCACUCACAAUGAAGAAAAUUCAUAUAAGCAAACCUAUCAAAUUAUCACAACAGAAGGGAUCAAAUCUGCUUAUAUAAUACAUUUGAAUAAAACCUAAUAAUCUUUUUAAAAUAUAUUUAUUAAAUAAAUAAAAUUAUUAUAAAUGACGAUAUUUUUAUAUUGGUUUAUUAUUUCACAAUAAAUAAAACAGGCAUUCAAUUUUAUCUCAUACAUUUUAACAAUGAAUAGCACAAAAUUACAUUAAAAUUCA